UUACAUCUACCAACUCUGCACCUUCCACACCACGGCCCACCUUCCGUCCCAUAUACCUCAUUCCGGACUCUCAAGCUGUUCCCCCCAUCCCACGACGUAGCUUCUAUUCUGCUGGCCAAUGACAACAGCAAUACUUCAGGAAACCAUGCAACUCUCCCCGCAAGGCGCUGGCGCGCGCUUUCGCCCCUACGCCAGUCCAAACCACCAUGUAACCAAAGGCAGAUACAUCACGAGUAAUGAUCCGAGAGGAUACAUUCCUGUGUAUGAAUAUCCGUUGAACGGUCAAUGGAUCAUGAUGGAUAUCGACGAUGGAUAUAUCCUGUGGACUGGAAUUUGGAAAGCUCUUGGUCAUUCGAAGGCGGACAUUGUGAAGAUGAUUGACUCCCAGCCUGAUCUCGCGCCUCUUAUUAGGCGAGUCAGAGGUGGCUACCUCAAGAUACAAGGUACAUGGAUGCCAUACGAGGUAGCCCUUAGGUUGUCGAGAAGGGUCGCCUGGCCCAUUAGAGACGAGUUAGUGCCACUGUUUGGGUAAGCAGCGCCGUAUUUAUACCGCCAUAACUGUCCAGCUCACAUAUUUUGUGGUAGACCCACAUUUCCAAGCACAUGUCUGUCUCCAGACCAGCCGGGUUACGGUCAAGUUGUUGCUGGCCACAAUCGACGACGUGCACGGAGAGGAACCCA